CCCACCUCUCUCUCUCUCUCUCUCUCUCUCUCUCUCUCUCUCAAUGUCACUUUGUUCCGUUUCGCUCUGAUUCCGCUCUGCUUCAACGGAACGGCGAACGGGGUUUUUCACUGAUUUCUCGCUCGUUUUCCUUCUUCUGGGUUCUUUUGAUUCUUCUGUAUGAAACCCAUGGUAAAGCCCAAUUUCGUGAAGAAUGGUGUUCUGAGAUUGCCUCCUGGGUUUCGAUUUCAUCCCACGGACGAAGAACUCGUCGUACAGUACCUCAAGAGGAAAGUCCUCUCUUGCCCUUUGCCUGCUUCCAUCAUCCCCGAAUUCGAUGUUUGCAGAGCCGAUCCAUGGGAUUUACCUGGAGAUUUGGAGAAGGAGAGGUACUUCUUCAGCACGAGAGAAGCCAAGUACCCGAACGGGAACAGGUCGAAUCGGGCGACCGGGUCGGGUUACUGGAAAGCAACCGGAAUCGACAAACGGGUCGUGACGACGAGAGGAAACCAAGUCGUGGGUAUGAAGAAAACCCUAGUCUUCUACAGAGGGAAACCUCCUCAUGGGUCUCGAACCGAUUGGAUCAUGCACGAGUAUCGGCUCGCUUCGCCUCCACCAAGUUCAAUGGAUCGGGCAGAGAACUGGGUACUGUGUCGCGUCUUCCUGAAGAAGAGAGGCAACAGCAGCAAGAACGAAGACGACGUCGUUUCAUGCGGUUUUAGCAGAAUCAGAUGCAGCAACAGCAACGAUACCGACGGUCAUAAUGUGAUUAACAACAAUGAUGAUGAAGAUGAUGAUAGGAAGAAAUCGAGGCCCGUAUUGAUCGAUUUCAUGAGAAAAGAACAGAGUAAGGAUUCGAAUUUCGCGGCGAGUUCCGGUUCGGAUUCGAGCGUAGUGACGGCGGAGAUUUCUUUGGACGACGUCGAGGAGAGCAGUAGUUGCAAUAGUUUCCCUUGUUUCAGAAGGAAAAUUUGAUAUGAAUGCUUUAACGAUGAUGAUGAUGAUGAUGAUGAUGAUGAUGAUGAUGAAUAAGACGGGCUCUGUUUUUAUUUUUUUAUAA